UUUCUGACUUCCUUUGAUUCUAUUUCAGCCAACAAGCUUGGCAAACCAUUCAGCAUUCUUGAUGGUUUGAAGCCAGUUUUACCGAGUGAUGAUAAUAUCAGUCCACUGUUUUACUCAGUGACAAAGUCCACGUUGUUAAAAAACGUACAACAUCAAACCACCAAGAGUGACAUCACAUAUUUCGGUGACUUUAUCCAGGUGACCUACCAUCCAGAUGAAAAGGACUUGAUAAAACAAUUCUUCGCCAUUUGGCGUUUUGAGGACGAAAUACGUGACGCGGCAGCAUUUACCUAUCAACCGAGGUCAACUAACAUGAAUUCCUAUGCCCAACUCCUUGGGAUAACUCCCAGCAACAUGGUGGGGAAAUCUUACGUUCUGGCACGUUAUUGGAAAAGAAUAAGCACUACCAUCAUCACCAAUUCAGAAUUUUCAAAUCUUGAGCCAACCUCCGUUUCCUCAGAUGCGACAAGUGACGAGAUAACAGCUCUUUUUUCAAAAUACGGUACACAUUACGUUUCCGGUUAUGAGAUGGGAGACUUUAUUUACCAAGUAUUUGUGUACGACCAAGAAAUCGGUUCCGAGAAAGUCCGUAAAUUCUUUCCCUUCGAAGAUACUUCAUUCAGCUUUGGUCCCAGAGGUUACUCUUUCCGCCCGUUUACCCAGCCAAGAGAUGGCGAACAGGGGUAUACUCUUGAAGCAGGAAAGAUUUUGGCGGCGAGCGGUGAUAUGGCUUUGAAGAAUAUCCUACCGAAACUGAAGGACGAUGUCUACAAAGUGAAGGAGAGCAUCUUUAUGUUUUUAGUAACACAAGCUUACCAGGACACUGACAACCUCAAGACAUUAAUCCCAAUGGGACUUUCCUUCAAAGGGAUUAUCAACACACUCUUCACGGCAGAAUCACCUUCUAAGUCGAAGUGGAACGAUGUACUAUCUGCGACAAUUUUCCAGAAAUUUGGGGCAGCCAGUCACCCUAACUUUCCUUUGCUCAUAGACCCUAAUGUUGCUGGUUUUUAUGGAAGUUUCAACCCGGAUCUUGUCACAUCCACGGCUACUAACUAUGUCACCAUAAGCCAAAUGAGCUUUAAGCUGGAUGAUUUAGUCAUUUCAGACCCUAAGUUCGUCACACAUUUAUUCAUCUUUGCAGAUGUCUUACAAAUCAGCGCAACUGCCAAGCUGAUGCUUCCCGGCUCAAAACAGAUUUAUCUUGUGUGCCGAGAGUUCUUGGCUUUAUCCUCUGGUAACAAGGUCCCAGAAAUAAUUGUUGGAUCCCAUGAAAACUCUGAGCCUGUCGUUAAAAUAUUUGCCAAAACCUUUCGUGGAAUAUUGAAGCUCACCCAAACCAAGACCGGCACACAUAACACUUACGCAAACGACUACGUGUACAAGACUGUGGAAGACCAAUCCAACCAAUUUACAGUCAAAGUCGACAAUACCAAGAAACUGCUCUACCCCGAUAAGAAAACUGCAGCGGAACUGUACGACAGUGAUGGAAAAUCUCAUGAAGCAAGGUGGGUCUACCAAAGCUUUGUGAACAGCUUAGAGCUAGCUGUGACUAGCGUACACAGCAUUUUGGCUGUCCGUUCCUCACCCAGUUUAGUUAAUAGUGCGGGGAAAACAGCUAGCGAAAGUUUGAAUUGGAUUACAGAGACCCUUACGAAAUCUUCACCCUUAUCCCCCGACCUUGAGAUGGUCCUUGGUCGUGCAUUACUCUUAAGUAAGACCCAGCUGACAGAAUACGCCAAGUCAAGACUCAUUGUUCCCAGAUUAAUCUUCCUUCAAUACAAACCGCUCUACGAUAAACUACUGACAGCCGUUGCCAAUUACGAAACCACCUACAAAACAGUCUCCACCGAAAUACAAAGUCGCAAACAGCUGGAGAAAAUAACCACUUCUUUGCAAGAACUCAACAAAAAUGUCAAAAGCUCUGGUACUUUCUUGGUCGCACAAGCUGAAGUGAAUGCCAAGUACCAAGAUGAUGUUGCUAAAACUCAGCAAGCUCUCCAUGACUUGGAGAAGGAUCAAAUCAGCCGUAAAGAAGCUGAAGCACAAUCGUUACUUCAGGAGAUAAUAAAAAUACAAGACGAGGUCGAAAAGAAAGGAAAAGCGUUGGCUGCGGCAGUCAAACAGUACCUAACAGAGCAAAUAAUCUCAGCCAUUUUCACUGUUGCUGAAGUCAUCGGGUCGCUGUUUACCGGGGGCGUCGGCCUGGCAAAUAUCGAUAAGAAACUGACAGGUAUUAUACGAAUUGCGGAAAAACUAAAGAAUGUUGUCCAAAUUAUCGAGCAGGUUAAUAAGCUUUAUGCACUCGGCAGAAAUAUGAGGAAUGAUAUUGGUACGGUCAACCGAGCCUUAGGUAACAUUCCAAGUUCAUCUAUCAGUAAAGAUAGUUUCCCAUCAAUGCAGGAUUGGGAAGAUUUUGAAAAUGACGUCGUGUCGUAUACAAGUACGUCGGGUUUUUUACCGGAACAGGUGGCUGGGGAGGCGUUGGAUUUUCAGCGUGAGGCAAAACGUUUAUCAUCGAGGGGCAAGAGAUACGUAAACAUUGCUGCGAACGUAGCAGAAAGAAAAUACAAACAAAUACAGAUUGAAAUGCAGCGAGAUCUUGCCAAGAGACAGAGCACUCGUUUAAGAAAACUCAAGACAACAUUGACACAAACAGACCUCUCGGAUAACGAUGCUAAAACUACUGAUCUCUUCGAAAUCGGUAACAUUAUCAAAAUGAAGGAGAAUCAAGUACGUUCACAGCUCAUCCAAACGUUUGUCACCAUGGAUGCCGCUUUGCAGUACCACUAUCUCCAAAACCCAACGCUGGUAACAAGCUACGACACUAUGGCCAUUCAGGCAGCGGCCAUUCGUCAGGUGCAAUCGUCUAUUUUAGCAUUGGAAAAUUUUCCCACAAGCCCUGUGAACCUAAAAGAGCCCAUAAGAUUCCUAGUUUCUAAUGUGCCCGUCAAAGCUUUGCUAUCUGAAGAAGGAUACGCGAUUAGAAUUCCACUGACCUCUCUUCCUUUCCAUGAGUAUGUGCGAGUCCGUGUUGUGAAAAUAGAAGUAAAAGCAGACAAUAUUGCACAGACUAAAGAUGACACUGCAUAUGUUCAAGCCACUGCUUUGGGUGACUCAUUCGAAGACAGAGACCUUGAUCGUAAUCCCAAGUCCUUUACAAGCACACCCACUGAAUAUCGCUUUGUCUAUAACAUUAAAACGGGAAACCCAGUCGUGGAAGUCAACCCAUCUCCAGACUUCGCUAACAAGUUUAUAAAAAUGACUCCUUUUGACACUUGGAUCUUCCGUUUUCCAAAAGUUACCACCAACCAAGGAAUCCAGUUCUCGACAGCGCUUACUACUCUCAGGAUCAAAUUCUUCGUCAAUGUCAUCUUCCACCCCCCAAAAUCCACCAACAACGAUCAACAGUUCGAGCGUCACCUCUCCGACGACGUGUUAGGAAGCAAAGAAAAGCUUCUCCAAGAUUUGAGCGGUCGCUCAUUGGUGCGUGAAUGGGAUGCCAUUAUGGCAGUAAGCGCCGAGCGCGUGAAUCAACUUUGGAAGAAUCAGUACGACAGUAAAACCAACGCUGGAUUCGUUAAGAAUAUAGCAACCGAAAGAUCUUUAGUCCAAGAUACCAGGGGAUCCAAACUCGAAGCUAGAAUCAUAAUGGAUGUCGGUCCACCCGUUAUUCAGUUUAUUAGAAACAACCAAAACAGGGCAACUCUGAAAAUCAAAAUCAAAAAGGCGACCGUGGAGUACUGGGAGUUCAUUAAGAGAAGUAAAGACAAGUAUAAUUACAAUGAAACUGCAGCAGUUACAGACGAAACUGAGAUAACUGGCACCAUGAACUUACUUAAACUGGAGGGAUCGCUCACAAAAGGCAAAGUAGUACUUGAUCUAAGUGACGGUGUUUUCGAUGUCAUAAAGUUACCUUUGACUGACACCCUGCAAGCAAACAUCAAAACACAAAUAGAGGUAUACUUUAACACCAAGUUAAAAUCAGAGAAUUACGAAUUGGCUCGAAUAACUUACGAAGAUAAGCUCACACCAGCCAGUCUUGUGCCAGACAAGUUCUACCUUGCCACGGGUGGAUUCGAAACUGCCACUUCCGGCUACGGGACAUUGUAUAUCUUUUUUAAAACACGUUCGGCGAAAUCGAUUGUAACAGAUCAAACGAAAAAGGACUUUAACGACCCGCUUUCAAUUGACCAGAAAGUUAUUCCCAAUACAUUUGAAGUUGCCUUGUUCAUCAGUAAUAGAGUGAUAUUUGACGAUAUCAUAAGAGAAGACAUCAAAAAGAAAUUCAAGUUUGGUGCCCACACAGAAGUUCUUCCAGGUCAAUCGAUAUCACCAAAUCAGCAAGCCGUAUACGUAAAGGGAGACGAUGGUGCAUCUCACAGUAUUUAUAUGACUCUUAAGUUUGAUCGAUAUGCAGGGACAUACCCUUAUACCUUCGUUAUGCCAGGAAACACCCUCACAGUUAAACCUUUAAGCAAUGGGCAGAAACUUCAAGUGCACUGGAUCAACAACAACUUGCAGUUAUCCAUCCCAUACGUCACUCAUCAUUGUCCCGGGCAAUUUUCAAGCUGUUAUGACGUGACUAAUUAUAAGUCAGUUACCUUCAGCACCAAUUACGUGAGAACCUUUAAGGCCUCCAUUGACAACGAAUUGACGAUAUCGUAUACAGAAGAGUCCAAAUCUGGAUCCGCAAGUAGCGUAUAUCAUUGGACUGAUUUUUUCCGGGCCCAAACCUACACAACUGCGAGGAACACGAUCACCAGCAAUGUGGGCAACUACUUGUCAGGUCUGCAGUUCAACUUUCGAAGCAUAUCUGCAUUUGCGCUCACUCAGGUUCUCUUCCCAAGCCAGAAAGUGUUUGUCUUGACGGAGGUUUACAUUCCAGGCGAUAUGGUUAUCCUUGGCACUGUUAAUACCAAACCCACGGAAGCCUCCAAGUGA